ACAACCGCCAAGAUGGCGGCUGUGACAGCUGGCCGUCCGAACAGAAGAAGGUCUAAGCGAGUAGCUUCUGCUUGUGCUUUCCUUUCCAGCAUUUCACUGGAUGGAAAUGUUGCAAGAGUUCCGGCUACUGAGGUGAAUGCGAAGAAGAAUGCUUCGAACAGAAGCCGUGGAAAUGAAGAACGAAACCCCGAUUUGUUAUCGUCAAGAAGGCCAUUGCUGCAUUCAAUAUCUGAACCUAGUGCUCUUGAAGAUCACGGGACCAACAACGGAGCAAAAAACUCAAACGUUAAGGCCUACCACAGACAACGUAGUGUCACGGAGGCUGUUUUUGAAGGGAGGCUACAAGAACGAAAUGUCAUUAUUCGAAGAAGUGUUUCUGUGUCCGAUUCAAGUGACUCGGCCUCUACUAACAGUGGAGGUAUUCAGCGGAGUUACAAGCAUAGGAUUUCGUGUUUAACUGGUUCUUCUUUUCACCAUAAGAGACGGGCAACUGACAAGAGGUAAUUUAACCUAGGGGAAGUUAAUAUGUAUCUUGAAAACUUUGAAUAGGAGACCUAGAUUAUAAGUUUUGAUUACAGUAUGGUUUCAUUUCAUUUAGAUCUUGUGGUGUCACAAAAAUUAAAAGUUAAUUAGGAAAUACCUUUUGUUAUUAAAUUAUUUAUUUUAAGUUUUUAGGGGAAUUAGUUGCAUGUACACCAGACAAUUACAAUAAUGCAAGGAAGUUAAUACAUAAUAUCUGGAGAAGCGAGACAAUAAUUACUUUUCAUUAAUGGUCUCAUUAAAUAUUGUGGUGUUACAGCGAUUAAAAGUUGAUGAAGAAGUACCUCUUUUUAUUAAAUUGUUAAUUUUAAUUUUUUUUAAAGGGAAUUUGUUAUUUUACAAGGUAAAAUCUGUUCUCAUGUUAAACCAGUAUUUUAGCUUUUUACUGGGUUUCUUAACCUGGUAAACAAGGUUGAAUACUAAUGAAACCUUAGAACAGAUUUAACCGACAGUUGGUAUGAUUGAUUAGAAAAAUCCUUGAAGGUGAGUUUGGAAGGCAUAAAACAUAUUACCACUUCCCAUUUACCUGGCUUCCUUAACAGCAAGUGACACAACAUUAGUAGCACUCUGCUAGUAGAGCCUUUCUUUUGUAUGCUCGGUUUGGGAAUACAGUAUAAGAACCUGGGUUUUAAGAAACUAUAAGGCUAAAAUUUUAAGUUAGGUUCUUAUCAGUGGAGUUGCUGUAAAAGUGUAUCAACUUUGAAAUGGCAUUUCAGAGAACUGACUAUGAGUUUGUUUGUUAUGUUUUGUUAAGGACAUACCUGCACUGUACUGCCUUUAGGAAUUAUGGUUUAAUGAUUUAUAUUGUAUUAUGAGAUGAUAUUUAUAAUAUACUUAAAGGAAAUUCAUAUGAAAAUAUAAGAACCUAUUUUAAGAACGUUGGUAGUCUAAAUUUGCUUUAAAUACCAUUUAUAUAACCUGUUGAGGCUAAAUUAAAAAAUCCAGGUUCUUAUAUGCAGGGUUUUACUGUACUCGGGAAAGACUCUGCAUGAAUUGAGUUAAGAUCUUUGUUGAGCAUACGUGGCAUGUUGAGCAAGGAUAUAGUUUCAAACCCAGGCCUAAUAGCCAUGCACUUGCUACAGUGGGCUUGGUUAUGACCAUUAGUUUAUCAAUAAAUGGAUGCUUGUACUCAAAAAUACCAGUUUGACGAGAGAGAAGUAAAUUGACUAGUCCAGAAGUUUGGGCUGCGGCAACCUCAAAGGUUUGACAUGAUUCAAGAAGACGAGAGCAGAUUCUACCAGGGUACAUUGGCAGAUGCAUUAUCUACAAGGCUAUCACAAGAUUUCAAGUUGCUGGGUAUAAUUUUAUGCAAUUAGCAGGUUGAAAAAGGAAGAGCUAGGAAGUUUUUUUAUGUUCUUUUUUUCUUUUGGUUCCUAUCAAAGUAGCCGGGAGUCAUGCUCAUAGUGGCCUGGUGAAAAUCUGGCCCGGCCCUUGGUGACAGCCCUGAUCAGGGUUGGCCAGAGUUUUUGGGUAUACAGUACACAGGGGCUUUUUAAAUCGGGUAUAUGGUAUAUUGCAGCUUAAAUACGGGUAUUCGGUAUAUCACUUUCUUUGAAUUUCAGGUAUAAAGUAUACCUGGCUAUAAUUUUGGGUAUUUUUGGGUAUUUUUUUUUUUUCAGGUAUACUGGUAUACCACUACCCCCUCUCGCCGACCCUGCCUGAUGUACCUUUCAUUAAAUGAAUGUAAUUAUUGGAAUUCUGUGUAAUUAUCUUUUUAGAAUAGUGUUGUGUUCAAGUCAUAAGGCCCCAUUGGUUACAUACUCAGUUCUAAAGUACCACAAAGAAAACCAAGAAGCUGGUCAAGAAGGAAUGAGGUAAUUUCAUCUUUGUCAAUCAUGGAUUUCUAGUGGUUGCUUUUAACUACAAUACCAGCAUAUACUUUUUCCUCACUAUUUUCUAUUCUCCACUUUCACAUUGCCUAUAAUACACCCGUCUCCGUAAAAAUUUUGCAUAAGCAUUAUUUGUCCUGUGUAUUACAGUCAUCCCGAGAGAAAGUCGGGGAUAAACAAAUUGCAUCUAUUUAUAGGAAAUGUGUAAGUAGUGAUAUUUGCGUUUCUUGUGGUAGUGAGGAGGAGACCUUGACGUUUAUCCUUGGAUCACUCCCCUUAGUCUGUAAGCAUGUAAAUGCUGUGGUUCAAUAUUGUGUAAAGUUAUUUAUCUCACAUCAUUUAUUUAAUAAAAAAAAAAAUUUAUUCACCAAGGUCAAAAUUGAGCCAACUUGAAAGCAUUGCUGCCUUAGCCUCCACACUCAUCUUAUAGUGUAUUAACUGUGAUUUAUUUACAGUAGAACCACGGUAAUUCGAAAAGAAAAACAGUUCGAGUCAGCAAGGGUUUGAGUUAUCAGGGUCGAUUGCAAAAUUCAAUUGUCAUUGUUAAAAAUUGAUAGUUACUGAUUUUUCAGUACUUCCAGCAGUGUAUAGUGCUACCGCAGUGCAAGUUUAACUUCAGAAACCAUACCGUGAUUAGGCCUUUUUUAUGAUAAAAUUUGAUAUGUUCGUUGCACCAAUUAAAAUCAAAUUGCUGUAAUUAUUAACCAGUGUUAGCUGAUUAUACGGCAAGAAGAGCUAAUGGAAUGGCAUCCGAGUAGAGUUACAAGAACCAGAAUUCGAGUAAUUGGGGUAAUUUUCAGUGACCUUUUGAUCAAGGGAAAGGAAAUUUAGUUUGAGUUAGCAGGGAAUUCAAGUUAUCUGAGUUUGAGUUACCAAGUAAAAAUGACUGUAAAGCAGGGUGAAAUCCAAGGGAAAUAGGACUUAGUUCCAGUUAGCGGUGAGUUUGACUUAUCCCAGUUUGAGUUAUCGGGGUUCUGCUCUAUUUAUUCAAGAGAUCCUGUAGCUUUCAUUUCCCCCAGACAUAUAACAAAUUCCCAAGAAAAUCUGUAUAGGAGGCUGUGCUAUAUCCUCUAGCUUUGACUGCUGAAGGAACAAAAAUUACAACAUAAUUUCUAGAAAAGUCAUCUGGCAAAACUCACAAACUCUUUAUAAGUCACAAAAUGCAGAGUUGAUAUGUAUUAAAUAUUUUUACUAUUUUAUUAAAGCAAUAUUAAAUUUUGAUGUGUAUGACAAUUUUAUGAUAGAAUUGUUGCUUUUUGCAGUGUUAAAAAAACAUCUGUAGCUACACCUAACCAGGUUGUUGGCAUAGAAGGGGUGGAACUUGGAUCAGCUGAGAAGGUGUUGAUGAAUUAUUUCAGAACUGUAGCUUUUUCAUGCUAGUAAUAAAUUCAGUAUUCUUUGCAAGCAACUUUUAUGCUUAUCAGAUAUAUUUUGAUUCCUCAUAGACAGUGUCAUACAGAUCAUUGCUCAUAUCAACAUACCCUUUUGGAUGGAAUGAAGGUCAAGGGACAGUUACGCCUCUCUCCAUACAGGUGGAUCCAGGAGGGAUUUCUCUAGGUAGAACUUAUGUAUUGUUUAAUUUCCUAGGUACAUUGUACCCUUAAUAAAAGAAGUUUGGAACCACCAGAAAAGAUGGUUUCCUGUGUAAGUUUACAUGGGGAGAUUACUGUUAUAUGAUCAUCAUUUAUAUCAUUGUCAUUUUUAUUUUUGUUAUGAUCAUAACAUUAGGUGCUUAUUUGAGGCUGGGUGGAAAAAUUUUCACCAUUUUGCAUGGUUUGUUUUUAUUUUUUUGACAAAACAAAAAUUUUAACAAAAGAGUCUCAAAGCUCGGUUUCUUUAAAAUACUCUGAACUCCGUCCUCUCAAUCUCUUAUUAGACUUUAUUCAAGUCUCGAGUUUUUGACCAUUCACCCACUUAACAUUGCAUUCGAAAUUAUUGUUAAUCAUUAAACAUGUUCUGUUUUUGUUCUGUUUUGUGAUAUAAAAGACAGUCCCGAUGCUGGGUUUUCCUCACCCAGCGGCUAUGAUCCUCAUCUGCUGGAUGACCCUGAAUUAACAUCAGGCCGCCACCGGAAAGUUCUCAACCUUGCGUCCUACUUGGUAAGUAUAUGUGAUACUCGGAGAAACUACCUGUUAAAACUACCAAAGUUAAAAUAAUUAAUAUACCUUGAAAUUUUAAAUCAACUUCAUGCAAUACAAUUCUUUAAACAUUGUUUGCCUUGAGCUGUGGUAUUGUACAUGUAUAAGCUUGCACCUCUCAUCAAAGCCCAAAUCUCUCAGGCAUUUAUAGUGAUUAAACAGAUCUGGGCAGGAGUGUUAUUUGUGUAUAGUUUGGGUAAUGUUUUUAGGUGUAAUAAUUUUAAUGUAUUAUGGAUAUUUUGUAGGUAUCAGUGGUAGCCUAUGCAAGGCCCUCAGAGCUGAAAAAAGACUUGAAUGAACAAUUCAAAGAAAAGUUCCCAAACCUCAACAUCACUCUUACAAAACUAAGAAGGUAGAUUAACUUGUGUCUUGUAGGUUAUUAAUAAUUAACAAGUUCUUUAAUAUAAUUAUUUUUAUAAUAGAGUUCUCCUGCUUUGCUCAGGGGGGCACGGACAAAUAAGAUAUUGAUCUCAUUUGUCUAGAAAAUGUGCAAGAAACUGUGAAAUCAUACAUCUGGCAGGGUUGUCAUUAAGAGCCCGGGGCCGGGGAUUUUCCCCGGCCACUAAUAGAGUGGCCCCCGGCUACUUUUAUUGGAAAAUAGAAGAAAAAUAGAACCAAAAGAAAUCCCUAGCCGUUUGAUUCCCCGCCUACUUGUUGUAUUUACCCGGCAACUUGAAAUCUUAAUGACAACCCUGAUCUGGCCUUCCAGAAUUAAUAACUGAGAGAUAAUAUCCGCUGGAAUUCACCAUGGUAUAGUAUCUGAUCUGUUGGGGGUGCAAUGUAUUUACACUUUUAGCUAUGCUCAUUUUUUCUUCAUGCCCUAGUCAGAAACCUGUUUAAGGAGGGAGUAGCUACUGAAGCUGGGAUGAGCUUUGACAGUGUGGGCUUGACAGCACAUGUACCCUUUUUAACCUGAAAGCUAAAAUAAUGUGAUGGAGCUGAAAAUGUCUCUUGAAAGAAAAUUAAUUAUAUCAAUAUUAUCAGUGAGAUACGUUGUUUUACAUAAAAAUACAGCAAGAUUUAUUUUUGAUGUGCUCCUUUUCCUUUCACUUUUGUUUUUAGCUUAAAGAAAGAUAUUUUAAAAAUUGCUUUGACUCAGGUUAGUCAAAAUUUACUUGCUUAAUGCUACAUCAAUGUUUUCUUAUAAAAUACCUGUAAUCAGAGAUUUAAAUGAAGUGCUGCUCCUAUAAAUAGGCACCACCCUCAAAUAAGUGCAUUGGUGCUCUUCCAAGUUAACAAGAUCCAUGUUCACCUACAAUAGUGGCAACAUUUUGCUUCAUUGAACAUCAUUCCAACUUGGGAUGCGUAAUGGGAUGAAACAACUAUUAUAAGUAAUGGUGGACUUGCAAUAUUGUUCUUUGCAAAGCAAGAAACAAUAUACAAUUUUUCUUCAGCUAGACAGUGUCUCAUUGUUCUUUAUCAGGAAUGUCAACUGGAUUUAACAACUGUGGCGUAUGCAUAUGUCUAUUUUGAAAAACUAAUUCUUAAGGUAAAGUAAAGGAUCCUAGGAUUGUAGUAUGUUAUUCAUGUGAAUUUGAAUACUGCACGAGAGGUAUUCUAUUUUUACUGUUAAUAAAGACUAGAGAUCUGGGUACAAGAUAAAGAAUAAAGACUAGUGGGACCAAGCAAUCUGAAAAAAUGAUUUUUCUGAAUUCCAUCUGGUAGGAGGUGAUACAGCUUGCUACUUACAAGCAUGGCGGAGAGAAUUUUAACUGGGGACAAUCUAGAAACACUCCAGCCUGGUGGCCUGGUUGGAACUCUAAGUGAGAACCUCAGGAUUGUGAGAUCAGUGCUCUGACCGAUCAGCUGUGCUUCCUUCCUUCCUCCCUCCUUCCCUCCAAGUUAUGUCCAGAAAUGCACGAUAUGAGACUCAUGCUGCUUAUGAUAGACAUCACAUUUUGUGUCCCCUAGUUCUAAUCCUCACCUAAAGAAAUAUUGAUACAUGAAGUCGUAUGAAAAUUAGAAAUGCUAAUGUGUAAUAUGAAGUACCCAUGGUCCUGGCAAGUGAUGUGCAUUUCUGGGCAUAAAGUGUUCCAUAUCCCCUUUGCAUGAUUUGCUUUGGCUUCUGAUAAUCCUUUUUUGUUGUUGUUGUUUAGGAAAAAAUUAGUAAAGCAAACAGAAAACUGCUGGCAGGUAGGAUUGUCUGAUUUUUAGGCUGUGAACUCUCUGUAACCUAAAUAAUUAUGUGCUCUGAUCCACAUUGUCCAAUGUUCAGUUGCUCUAUCCCUGGUUUACUGUAAAAUCAGGUAUACAACUUGUUGUGGUAUCUUAGGGCGCUUUCCAUUUGUCAGAACUGACUGGCCAGCCCAUUCCUAUCAUAAAUAAAUGGGAAUUCCUCUGUAAUCAAAACUACCCAUCCAGAAUGAGAUCAGUCAAAUGCUAAAUAUUAUGUACAAAGGAGAUGGGUUUUCAGUAAAACCUCUUGGAAAAAGCCCAUUUCAUUGCCAAAUGUCUGGUCCGCCUGUCCAGUUCUGACUUUUGAAAAGCGCCCUUACGUGGAUUUGUGCUAGCUGCCCUUGGUCCAAUGCAGCCCUGAAGGGUGAUUUUGUUUUUUACAUUUUACACGAUAUGGUCGGCUCGAAAGCGACUGUGAAAAUUCUGGUUUAUCGCGGUCACCUGUGAAAAAUUAAAGUUAAAAACAAACAUUUUAUCUUAUCUUGCUUUGCUUUCAUCAUAAAAAAAUGUGCCAAAUUGUAUAAACAAAGUCAGUUUACCUCCAAAUUUGUACUGACUUCUAUCCAUGACAUUUUCAAAUCUGAUGGAUUGAGCCAUACUAUCUAUAAGCUGUGUCAUUUACGUUAUACAAACGGGCAACUAAAAAUUUGCAUCUGGCAACUAUAUUUCUCCAGUUGGUAGCCAAAAGGCGACCUGAGGAUUUUUUUAUAUUCGAGCCCUGUUACACAGCAAAGAAAUAUGAAAAAGGUGGGGUUGUAAUUAUAACGAGAAAAAUCAAGUAUUAAAGAUUUAAAUAAUAAUAAAUUUAUUAAAUAAGUAAAUAUUGAUAGAUAUUGAUUUAAGUGGCAUCCUUGUUAAGUUUUCAUGGUACUGAUUCUUAUGUUUUCAACAUUUUUCAGGGUCUUGUUUGUUAUUAGCGGCAAAAUUUAAUGAUGAUAUGAAACGUGAUAAAGUCAGGGAAGUUAUCGAGGUAAAUCCAAAUGACUCGUUGUUAUGCUGUGAUUAAUAUACAGUGUAUGUUGGGUUGUUUGGCCUGAAUUGUUUCAGGCUUUCUUCUUGCAACUGCAGAACUUGCAUCUACAACUGUAAUGAUCUUGUGUAUAUUUAAUUCUCUAUUCUGCAAUUCUACUUACAGUAGCCACCAAUGCUUACGUUUGUACAUUUGUAUGAUUUAAUGUUUGAAAAGGUCAACCACUUUAAUAGUUUUUUUCUCUGUUUCUUCAAACACCCAACCAUCGAGGUGACGAAAUUAUCGGAUGGUCGAGUCUUCAGUGCUUCCCUUUAUUGCAACCUAGACAAGCAAAACGGUCUCUCCAAAUGUCCCUCCAUUGUUAAAGUUUUGUUUUACAACUCAUUCAGUCACAUACAGUGAACUAUUGAGGUUUUCAAUCAUUUGUACCAUUAAAUUUGAACAAGUUGUUUAUUCGUCUGUUACAGGCAAUAGAGGACAGACUUCGUAUAUCAGUGAAGGAACUCCUAAAAUUUGAAUUUCAAGCUGUAGUUGCUCUUGAGUUUGAUCUGCACGUACCUCAGUGGGAAGUAAUGCCACAUGCCAAGCGACUGGAGACAGAAUAACUAUUCACCUUAUUUAACAUUUCACUGAGUCAUCGAGCACAGGUAGCCCAAGCUAAUGCUACAAGAGAGGGCAGGUGAUUUUACAAGCACGGUGUGAGUCAGGGCAGACUCUUCAUUAAAUCUGAAGGAGGUUACAUGUCAGCCCGUGAGAACUAAAUUCAUGUAGCCCAAGUAUGUUCUUGCUUAUAAGGGCCUCAUGGGUUCUUAACUGUACCAAAAAAAUCCUUGCUUUCUCAUGGCUUAUGCUUUGGCUACCUGUUUUUGUCCAUCCCUCUGACAGGCUCUUAAUGUAUCAAUCAAUUUUAAGAGCACUCUGAUCUAAUCUCCAUAAGAAGAGGUGCGGAUUUGACUUCAAACAGAGCCCUCUUUGUUAGGCAUUUGGAGUAUGGGUGCUUUUGGAAUUGACUGGAACAUAAUGGCCAAUUAGUCUUUCUCCUGACGGAAGUCUGAAAGGCAGCCAGAUAAACUCUUAAAGGUUUUACGAAGCACCCAGUGGUGUACAGCAGCACACUUUUGAAUUAAGAACGAGGCCGCGCAAGCGUACAGUGCAUGUAUGUUACAAUUUUAACUUGAAGAGGUUUACAUUACUGAUUACGAUUAUAUCAGUGAUUCAGAGAAUGAUCUCUAAGAGUGCCAUGUAUUUGUUAAAAGUAGUACAUUCGUAUUUGGUAUAAUUUAUAAUAAUUGUAUAAAGUAUACAUAUAUUUGAAGCUAUUCAAGAGAGAGGUGUAUUUACAAGUUCAAAGACUAGUUUAAGUUUACAUUUAAAAAGGUCAGUUGUCGACCACAUUAACGGCAUCAAACGUUGGACCCCGAAAACAGAAGCUGAUGAAGUGGGAUGAAAUCCACAAUGCUUUUUUGCUCAAGGCGAUGAAUUCGGUUUUGAAAAAAUUAACUUCUGGUAAAAUUUUGAACUUCAAAGUUCAAGUUGUUAUUGAAUAGUGCUUUAGUACGAAAUUUAUUACAAGGGGAUUCAUUACAUCGUAAAAAUCCUGAUACAGAUUUGGUCAAAGGAAUUCACGUGGAAUGUAAUUUAAGUCUGCUUUUAAAAUUUUUUUGAAGAAGUGUAGAAUCCUUGAAUUCAAGAAUGCGGAUUCCACUUUUCAUCAAACUAUGCAUUCCUUAGUCCUACUUAGUCUCCUGAAAUUUUCCAAUUGUGAAAAAUACUGAAUUGUCAGACUUUUCAUCGUUGUUUUAAUCUGACGAAGCUCCUCUUUUUCCUUCACUAUUUUGAAAUUUAUCCCUUGUCUUUAUUCUAGAUUUCACACACCUUUAUUCCUCACUUUUCUAUCGUUUUUCCUGGGAAAAUGGGCUUAAAGUUGUUUUGGG